UUCGCGAGCGGAGCAAAUUAUCCCCCGGAAGCCGACAAAAUCCACUUGACGGUUGGGAUUAUUACUGUUUUUGGGACUCUCGGCCAAGAGCUGCUCAAGGAGCGUCCCUGAGAACCAUGAACUCUUCCACCUCCAAAAAUGGCAGUUCCCGGUAACAAACCUCCCAAUCCCCUCCUCACGGACCACCUCUUCCGUCUUCACUCCAAACCCACUGGACCCAAAUCCCUCAACCUCUCUCCCAACCCCGAUAACGCCCAAUUCUCCUCCAGAAAGACCCAAAAGCUCUCCGCCCUCAGUCCCAACCUCCCUCCCGUUCCCAUCACCUCCUCCUCCACCGACCCCAAUCCGGAUAUCCGCCUCCUCUGUCUCCACGGCGACUUGGAGCGAGCCCUUCUGCUGCUGGACUCAGCCGGCGAACGCCCGCUGGACGAUGACACCUACGUCGCCCUCCUGAGGCUCUGCGAAUGGCGUCACGCCGUGCCAGAAGGCUCCCGCGUCCGCUCCCACAUCUCCUCCUCCAACGCCCACCUCACCGUCCGUCUCGGUAACGCCCUCUUGAGCAUGCUUGUCAGGUUCGGCGACCUUAUCGUCGCAUGGUUGGUGUUCGGAAAAAUGGUUGAGAGGGAUGUCUUCUCUUGGAACGUGAUGAUUGGCGGGUACGGGAAAAAUGGUUUCUUGGAUGAGUCUCUGGAUUUGUACCAACGGAUGCUGUGGGCUGGCAAUAGUAUCAAACCGGAUGUAUAUACUUUUCCAUGCAUCUUGAGGUCUUGCGGUGGUAUCCCGGAUUUGAUGAGGGGGAGAGAGAUCCAUGCUCAUGUUAUUAGGUUUGGUUUCGGGUUGAGAACCGAUGUUUUGAAUGCUCUGAUCACAAUGUAUUCAAAAUGUGGCGAAGUUCACUGUGCUCGAAAAGUGUUUGACGAAAUGCGAAGGAGGGAUUGCAUCUCGUGGAAUGCCAUGAUCUCUGGUUAUUUUGAGAACGAGGAGCAUUUUGAAGGGUUGAGAUUGUUCUUAACAAUGCAGGAUCAUUCAUUUGAACCAGAUUUGAUGACAAUGACAACUGUCAUCUCUGCUUGUGGGUCACUGUGUGAUAAGAGGUUAGGAAAGGAGAUUCAUGGUUAUGUGGUAAAGAAGAAGUUUGAUGUUGAUGUUUCAGUAAGCAAUUCGUUGAUUCAAAUGUACACUAGCUUCAGAAGCUUGCAUGAAGCUGAGAAAAUUUUUUCACGGUUACAGACCAAGGAUGUGGUGUCAUGGACAGCGAUGAUAUCAGGAUAUGAGAAGAAUGGCUCACCAGAUAAAGCUUUAAAAGUGUUCGAACAGAUGGAAGAAAAUGAUGUUAUCCCUGAUGAGAUCACAAUAGCAAGUGUUCUAUCAGCCUGUGCUUGCUUGGGAUGUUUGGAUAUGGGCAUCAAGGUGCAUGAGCUUGCAAGGAGGAAUGGGCUUAUGCCAUACACCAUAGUCGGGAACACACUCCUUGACAUGUAUUCCAAGUCUAAGUGCAUCAAUAAAGCACUAGAAGUAUUCAGGCGCAUGCCUGAGAAGAAUGUGAUAUCUUGGAGUUCAGUAAUCUCAGGCUUCCGGAUCAACUGCCAGAGCUUUGAAGCUUUGAAUUUCUUUCGCCAUAUGCAGGCUGAUGUAAAACCAAAUUCUGUGACGCUGAUUGCUGCCCUGUCUGCUUGUGCUGCAGUCGGAGCUUUAAAGUGUGGAAAGGAGAUCCAUGCUCAAACUCUGAGGAGCGGGUUAGAUUCUGAGGGCUAUCUACCAAAUGCUCUUCUAGACUUGUAUGUUAAGUGUGGAAGGAUGGAAUAUGCAUGGAUGCAGUUUAAUCUACUUGAAGAGAAAGAUGUGGUGUCAUAUAAUAUCAUGCUAACAGGUUGUGCUGGGCGAGGACACGGAGAUCUUGCUGUUGCUUUGUUCAGUCGGAUGAUAGAUGUGGGGGUACAUCCAGAUGAAAUCACAUUUGUUGCUCUCUUGUGUGCUUGCAGCAGGGCUGGAAUGGUGAAUCAAGGCUGGAACUAUUUAAACAGCAUGCCGCAAAAGUACUCGGUAAUUCCAAAUCUGAGGCACUACACUUGCAUGGUGGACCUCUUGGGUCGAGCUGGCUUCUUGGAGGAAGCGCACCAGUUUAUAAAAGAUAUGCCUAUCAAGCCGGAUGCUGCAGUCUGGGGAGCAUUGUUGAAUGGAUGCAGGAUACAUCACAAGGUUGAGCUUGGUGAACUCGCUGCAAAACAUAUCUUUGAGUUGGACACAGAUAGUGUUGGAUAUUAUGUGCUGCUGUGUAAUUUAUAUGCUGAUGAUGGCAGAUGGAACCAAGUGGCGCUGGUGAGGAAGGCAAUGAGAGAGAAGGGCUUAGCUGUAGAUCCUGGAUGCAGUUGGGUAGAAGCUAAGGGAGUUGUUCAUGCAUUUCUUAGUGCUGAUGAGUCGCAUCCACAGAUAAAGGAGAUUUAUGCAGUCAUAAAUGGGUUGUAUGAUAGGAUGAAGGCUUCUGGUUUUCCUCUGCCCGAGGAUGGAUUGUCUGAUGAGGUUGAAGCAUCGAAGGCUGAUAUAUUUUGUGGCCACAGUGAAAGACUUGCCAUUGCUUUCGGGCUCAUCAAUAGCACACCUGGGAUGCCCGUUCGGGUAACCAAAAACCUGUACAUGUGCCAGAGCUGCCACAGUAUUGUGAAAAUGAUCUCAAAGAUUGUCCGACGAGAUAUAACAGUUAGGGACACUGAGCAAUUUCACCAUUUUAAAGAUGGAAGAUGCUCUUGUGGAGAUGAGGGAUACUGGACGGGUAAGACUGAAUGAGAGCAUCGGACAGCUCAGAUAUAUUUCAUGAUCAUUCUUCUUCAGUGGCAUCAUUAUACCAGUUAAAGGAGUCAUCUAGAAUAAGGUUCAGAUAGACGCCAUGACACCUCAAUCUUUUAUAAGAACAGUAUGAUGCUAAAUGGAUAUGUUUCUGAAUUCUGAGCCUCUAUGAAGACUAUGAAAAUAGCUUGGUUCCAAGGAUGAACAUUACGCCAGCAGUGGUAGAUCAAGAUAUGGGGUGGAUCUCCAUGACUUUUGGACAUACACGAUUGAGGCAAGAGCAACUUGUUAGAAGUUAUUGAAACAAGUUUGAGGGAAUCAUCCCGUGUCAUACUGUUUAGUCAAUGUGAUUAUGAUGUAAACUUAUCAAGCAAAGUGCGAUGAAGGAAGCACUGUGUCUCCGACUUGUUGUACUACAAUUUCUGCUUUGCACAGCAAUAUAUUGUUGUGUGAUUUCUAAAAGAGUAUAAGAUGCAGGGCUUCGACCUCCCAAA